AUGGUCUACUUUUUGGGUGGUUUUCCUUCGAAUAAACGCGUUGACGAAGCGGUGACGCACGGAAGGAAAUUGGUCAUCACCAACGUGAAGAAUCUAACGAGCCUUCUAUACCCUCAACGGGAAUCAGUCUACUUGGCGUUCUGUUCCUCAACCCAUACUGCUGACGCCAAGUCUACAGCCGGUCUCGAUCUCUCGCCUUCCCGUUUAUACUUUCAUAUCCGCCACCGCCUAGGAAUAUAA